CAAGGCCUGCGUAGCUGGCACCCAGGUGUAGACCCGUCCACGUGAGCUGCCGAGGACACAGCCGGCAUGAACUGGGCAUUUUUGCAGGGCCUCCUGAGUGGCGUGAACAAGUACUCCACGGCGCUGAGCCGCAUCUGGCUGUCGGUGGUCUUCAUCUUCCGCGUGCUGGUGUACGUGGUGGCAGCCGAGGAGGUGUGGGACGAUGAGCAGAAGGACUUCAUCUGCAACACCAAGCAGCCAGGCUGUCCCAACGUCUGCUACGAUGAGUUCUUCCCCGUGUCCCACGUGCGCCUCUGGGCCCUGCAGCUCAUCCUGGUCACGUGCCCCUCGCUGCUCGUGGUCAUGCACGUGGCCUACCGCGAGGAACGCGAGCGCAGGCACCGCCUGAAGCACGGGCCCAACGCCCCGUCCCUGUACGACAACCCGAGCAAGAAGCGGGGUGGGCUCUGGUGGACGUACUUGCUGAGUCUCAUCUUCAAGGCCGCUGUCGACUCCGGCUUCCUCUACAUCUUCCACCGCCUCUACCAGGAUUAUGACAUGCCCCGCGUGGUGGCCUGCUCCGUGUCACCCUGCCCCCACACUGUGGACUGUUACAUCUCCCGCCCAACAGAGAAGAAGGUCUUCACCUACUUCAUGGUGACCACAGCUGCCAUCUGCAUCCUGCUCAAUCUCAGUGAGGUCUUCUAUCUGGUGGGCAAGAAGUGCCUGGAGGUCUUCAGCCCCAGGCGCCGGCGGUCUCGGCGCCAGGGUCAUCUACCUGAUACGUGCCCACCAUAUGUCCUUUCCCAGAAAGGGAACCCCCAAGAUGAGAUCUCUGUCUUAACGAAGGCUGGGUCAGCCCCUAUGGCUGUAGAUGGGUACCCAUAACCGGCAAGAUUGGUGGAUAGGAUCACCAGGUCCCCCUACCUAUUCCCUGAGACCACCUGGGAAAACAGGCAAGGGCAGUUGUGUCUUUUCUGCAGUAGGGCCACUGAGGAGGGUGGCUGUGGGGGCUCAGGACACACCCAGGGGCCAGUGCAGGGAGCAGUUUGGUCCCUGGGUCAUGAGCCUCAGGGGAGGGAGGUUGAUGGCUGGUGGGGAUUUUGUAUAUGGCAAUAGGGACAUCAAAACCCUUAAUAAAUAUGAUUUUCCCA